AUGGAGUCCCACGAAGAGGACGGCUCCGCUGUGGACCCCAACACCUACCACUGGCCCGUCUCAGAUGAGGGGGAGGCGCCGGAGAUGCCUCCCGACGGCCGGAUCAGCCCCCUGCAGCUGCCCCCCACAGGCAUCAACAUGACCGAAGACUCCAACAAGCUUCGGAUGCUGGGGGCCACCAACCCGGCGAUGCCCCCCAUGCCUGACAUGGCGAUCUGUGACAUGCUGUUGAACGCGCCAGUGCCGCCACCAAGCGACCAGAUUCCCUUUUUCUGCCUCUGCUCGCACUGUAAAGGCACGAUGGGGCCCAAAGGAGAGACCGGAGACCGGGGCCCCCCAGGUGCACCUGGGAGUCCAGGGAGAAGAGGAAUGAUGGGGUUCAAAGGUCAUCGAGGAUUCACAGGCCCUCAGGGGAUGAAAGGUCAGAAGGGAGACCUGGGGGAGAAAGGGCAGCCUGGAGCUGUCGGUUUCACCGGGACGAAGGGCGAGCGAGGCUUCAAAGGAGAAAAAGGGGACAGAGGAAUGGUUGGCCCUGCAGGUGCACAGGGCCCGCAGGGAGAGACUGGCACAUGCCCCGCCUCCUGCGAGAGUGUCCCGGGUCCAUCAGGUGUACAAGGCGCCCCUGGACCAGCUGGAAGCCGUGGCCUGCCUGGGGUCCAGGGACCUAUGGGACCAAAAGGUUUUAAGGGAGAUAAGGGUGACCUGGGUAGACCCGGUGACCCCGGGAUGAACGGCCAGAAGGGUGAUCAAGGUGAGCAGGGGGUGUGUGAGUGCACAGACGGCAAUGAUGGGGAACAAGGACAAAAGGGGGAUAAAGGGGACAGUGGUGACUCAGGUGCCGAGGGUGCACAGGGUGUACAGGGUCCCAUGGGUCUAAAAGGUAACAUGGGUCCCAUGGGGCCACCUGGGCCCUGCUCUCCGGCCAUCCAGUCGGCAUUCUCCGCACGUAUUAACGAGUCGUUUCCAAUGAAAAACUUGCCUGUUCCUUUCCCAAACGUCCUGAGCAACCAGCAGGGGCACUUCAACCCAAUCAAGGGCAUUUACACAGCCCCUGUCAACGGCACCUACGUCUUCUCCUUCCACCUGGCGGUCGCCAAGAAGACUCUUAAAGUCGGCCUGUACGUCAACUACUACCCUAUGGUCAGAGCAACAGAAGGAACCGACAUGUCCACCACAAGCCAGACUAUCAUCCUUCACCUCAACAUGGGAGACCGGGUGUGGAUGCAGGUGAAGGAUGAAACCACCAACGGCAUGUACACCGACAACGAGAGCAGCUGCACGUUCUCUGGGUAUCUUCACCACCCCGACUCCUGCGAAAUGCCCGUGAUCCGACACUAUCACCUGAUGACACCGAAAGAUCAUGUGGAAACCUAUAGCUGGGAUGGUCCUACAGGCACCCCCACCACCUCACCAUAG